AUGCCGUCGAGCCGUUUCAUCAGCCAAUGGUUCCGCCACGAAAUCCUUAUCGGAUACCUCCACUUCUACUGUCAAAUCUAUUUCUGUGCACUCCACCCGCUAACGUGUACGGUGGAGACCAUAUAUUCGGUUAUUCAAGGUUUCUGGGAUAGUCUCCAACUUGUCCAGGACGGUUUUCAAGGGAUCCGCAAUCUCGUCACUGUUGGGGAGAACGAGCCCGCGUCCCCUUCAACAAUUCUCGACGAGCUCUUCGCCGAGGACAGUACUACGACCUCUGAAUGCAUGUCCCCCUCCUCCGCAUCUACAUCCUCCUACAUCGAGACGUUAACCAACGAUACAGGCGAGCAGACCCACCUUUUCAGCGACGAGGAUCUCACAACCUGCUCCCCGGGAUUCAGAUGCCAUACCGACGUGUUCUCCGCGACCGGGCCUGUAAAAUCCUCAAAGUCCACCGCCACGCUGCUGAGCGCCACUCCCUUAGUGAGUAUCAUCUCUUCUCUAACAACCACGAGUAGCCACCCCACUAAUCUUCAGAGCACGAUAACCGCAUCUACCACUAGCUUUACUACAUCCAAUUCAACGGGCGGCUAUUUUGAGCCUGUAGCCGAUAAGCUAGUUGGAACAUGGACAUUUGCGCGCAGCUUGUUCGUAGCCAUAUACGGGGUCGGGACUUCAAUAUCUGCCAGGCCCGCGUCUGACAUAUAUUGGAUUGCCUUUUCAACGAUCGAAUCUUAUAUCCGAGUUUGGCGAUACAUUCUAGCUGAGAGUUGGAAGUUUUGGCGCGAGAUCUGGGCUUGCACGAGUCUUACGGAGUUCUUUCAUCUAGUAUUGGUCAAGCUCACGUUUUGCGAUGGAUGGGCCGGGUGUAAGAGCUGGAUCGCGAAUCCACCCGUCAAGGCAUUCCUACUCGCAGCCCUGCUCUUCAUUCUGGCUGUUUUAUUCUUCGCUUGGUAUCUAUGGAUGUAUGAGAGAAGCGGCUUGGUGAACUUCGCCGAGCACUCAUCCACUACCUUGACUCCCAGGGGCGUGGGUGGCGGCAGUGGAGGCGGCGGUGGUGGAGGUAGCGGAGGCGGUGGACGAGGCGAUGGCGGAGAUGACGAGAAUGACGACCAAGAUGGCGACGCUAAAGCUGAUGGGGGCCGCGAUCCAAGUCCAGGCAAUGAACCGGCACCUGCGUCGAGGUCUACUCCACUUCCUCCAGUUCAAGGGCCGCUAGUUUCCGCCGGUCAAUCUACCCAGCUCCCGAAUACCAACCGACAGACUAGCGGACACCAAAGGAGCGAACAACAAGAAACCGAACUUCUCAAAGCGCUCAAGGCUAUUAGUGAACGCUUGAGAAGGGUUGAAAGCGCCCGGUCCUUACAAGCGCAAUUCAAUAAUAAAACAGUCAAAGAGAUGGAAGCAAGACUGCAGCAUAUGGUGACGGUGUCUGGAAACCAACCUCAAGACAGUCCGCUUGAUCCUAGAAAAAACAAGCCUGUCAUUUCCCUCCGAAAACGGAUUAAUGAGCUUGAGGAGGGCUCUGCACAGGAGCGCGGGAACGAGCUUCAGAGCAUAGCGGACGCCAUAGACCGGUUUGACCGAGAUGUGAAAGCUAAACUCGCUGAGGUCAAGGCUUCAGUAGAUGAGGCUAAUCAGCAGUUUCACCGGCAUCGUAUGGCUCAAGAUAAGCAAAAUCGCGAGGAAAGGGAGACGGUCGCGAAGCUUAUCGAUGAGAAAAUGAAUAAGUUUAAGGAGGACUUGGAAUCCGAGAUUACCAAAAUGGUCGGCAAAGCGGGUAGUACUCUCGCCUCGACGGUGACGAAAGUGGCUGGGGAAGCCAUAAAAAACCAAACUGAAACGUUUCAAAAAGAAACACAAGAAAGUUUCAAGCAGGUGUUGCAACACAGGCAAGCAAGCGAUAAAAAUACCGCUGUCAUCCUAAAUGCCAGCAAAAGUGUCCAAGAGGCACAAAGCCAACUCAUGAGCAUCUUUCAGUCUCUUGGAACGAAUCCCGAUGCCCCAAGUGUUCCUUCAAACGGCACUAACGAGUUUACGCCAGCUCCAGUCAGCCCUGUGCCUAGACCAGUUGAUCCGGAGCUAAAGCCCGUGCCCAAACCACCAUCUUCCAAGCCCUCUAACACUAAGCAACCGGCCAAGAAGCCCGGCAGACGUCAGAAAGAGCAGGACACAAAGCCUGAAACUAUAAAGCCAAAGCUGGAGCCAUCCGGGGUUGUGCCCAAGGUGUCCAGAUAUGACGAGCUCACACUAAAACCUGAAUCUCCCAAGACACCUACGAAGCCCACCAAUGUAUCCAAGCCGCCAGUCAAACAGCCCGCCGACGAAAACGAAUCAAGUGCUACAGUCACGCAGGUGAGUAUUACCGUCUCUGUACCAGCAGAAGAGCCAUCGAUGGGCCCAACGCCUUCCAAAGAGCUUGUCACUAAAACUCCAAGCAGCUCACGUACUGAUCCUCCAGCAUCGAAUAAAACUGUUGGAGGUAAAAGUGCCGAGCCGACGCCAUCCACGCCGGUCGACGAAAGUGUCAAAGAUGAGAAGGACGGCGCCCAAUCUAGAAAGCUGACGGAGAUUGUUAACGCCAUACAGUCUGAAUUAGAGGGUAAAACUACGGCAACUCCGACUGCUCCAACGGCUACUGGUGAGACUCCGAUGGUAGAUUCGCAAAACCUAAACAUGGUCAUCGAAGGAGUAAAUCCUGGUGCUGCACCGGAGCCUGAAUUGCCUUCACCAUAUUUAACCUCCAAAGUAAAACAGAUGUUAGAAGUUCUUGUGGACGAGACGCCCGUUGAAGCGGAGCCCUCCAUCGCUGAUCACACGCAACCGAUAAUUGACCCCCUAAAGCUUCUAUUGACUUCAUUUGCACAAUCACGUACAGAAAGCAAGCAAGAACCACCUCCACCAAUCGUCACCGCAUUCCCUCCUAAAUCCGCCACGUCUACUCAAUCUGGCACGUUUCCCAACCCUCCCAUUACCGGCGGCUCUGCAAGUGUUUUCGACCCGAAUGCUCACAUUGCAGCAUUUGAAAGUGGAAGCAUUGAUUUCGGUGCCGGUGCGCCCGUCGCCACGCCGGGAUUGUCUUCUUCAAAUAGCACGAAUCAGCACCCAAUUUCGUCACUGCAGAACACCGCCUUUACGUGGCAGCUGCCCGUCAUUAAUCAACCUAAGGCCCCGGCAGGGGAACAAGACGUGACUAUGGGGAAUCCAAAGCGGAUAUGGGGCAAAGCUCAGCACCGCUACCAUUGCUACAAAGUCCGAUAUGGGGGCCUAGUCCAGUGUCAGAAUUCCCUUCCUUUGACCCAUAUCUCAACUCUGCACAAUCGCGCCCCAACCCUUCCUGGAAUUCAGGCCAAACAGCAGGGGCUCUCGCCAACGCAGUUCCAAAAUCCAUCCAAUGGUCCAGUGGCAGUUACGGUAACGGAUCAAAACUUUCAAAUACCUCCACCGGGAGCCGAUGACGUGGACAUGAACGACAUCAAGAAUGUUCAAGGAUCGGUUGCUGAGGCAUCCACUGAACGUCAGGGCGAACCACAAAUACCUGACACCGUCAAUGGUACCAUCCACCCUGAUUCUGACUUCUCGCCAAUCCAGUCGCCGACCCCUUCUCCUGAGACGAUACCCGAAGCGUCCCCAGCAGUGCUGUUACUCAACAAGCAACCAGAUCCGGAAUAUAUGAAUCACGCCCAAAACACUUUCCGACAACGUCUCACAGAUAUCGUCAAGCACAAUAAUGACACGCAUAGAAACUUCAAGUCUGCGGAGGGAAUGGCUAUUAAUCUUGACGGCAUAAUUAUGCAAUUCGUGCUUGCGUGGCUCAAAGCCAUCGCCUUAGAAGCUACCGGCUAG